CGUUCGACUUCAAAGCCUAUCUGAAUACUUACCAGACUCUUUCUCUCUCAUCAUCGAAUCUAGUUCAUAUCAGAAUCUGCAAUCAUGCCGAAAGAGUUCAAAGACUCCACAAUGUGGCCGGAGCUCCACGAAGCGGUUUCGGGCGAGAUCGAAGAGUACAACCUCUACUACGCCUUUCAACACAAGAACCGUGACGCGCGAUGUAUUGACGACUGGGACACCAACAUCAUGGGCCGCUUUGGAUGUCCCAACGAGGCGUGCCGCUCAACAGGAUGGAGUAGCAAGAAGAUCGCCACCACCAUCCGUCACUAUCCCAACAACAGACACAACGCCAAAGUCUGGUAUCAGCGCUGCAAGAGAUGCGACACCAAGGGCGUCAUCACUCUUAACGUCGAAAGCUACGUCGAACGAGUCGUCUAUUGGCUCAAGAGAUGGAAUGAUAUUCCCACGGAGAAACACUAUCAUUCGGGCGCAAGCAAGGGCCCUCAUCUGCGAAAGUACUGUGAGGGAUGCAAAGCGGGUCGUUGUGCUGCAGCUGAUGCUGAGGACCUCGCGAACUUGAUGAGUUCUCUCAAGUGGGACUGAUCGUGACACAAACGACAGCGAUUCAUUGCUGUCCCAGGAGAUAGCCAACUGUGGAACGUAUGGCUAACGGGCUGACCUAUUAUGUCUGUUGACUUGAACAAUCACAACAGACCGAUGUUGCCGCUCGUGAUUGAUGGGCGUUUCACAUCGCGUUGGUGUAAGCUGGAGGUAAACCGGAAAUCAUGUUGGCAAUCGUCAAACACGUCAACGAUCUCAUCCGUAGCAGAGCCGUAUGAUUAUGAUUUGAG